GGCUGUUCAAAUAGAUAGGUUAAGUUAUAUUACAUUUCAAAUUGUUCAACUUCCGUAACAUAACUCAGAAAAACUUCAAAUUUUUGUUAAAUAAUGACCCCAUAUGCGUGUCCCAGGCUGCUCUGUUCUCAUGUCGGCUUUAAAUGUCUCAUAAUUGCUCGCGGAAUUAGCAAAUACAUUCACAGAGACAUUUCAGCGAAAUCUAUUCGGCAAAAUUUUCUCAAUUACUUUAUAGAGAAAAAUGAACAUAAUUUCGUCAGGUCCAGUCCAGUUGUGCCGUUUUGUGACCCCACGGUGCCCUUCGUCAAUGCCGGAAUGAAUCAGUUUAAGGGCAUUUUCCUGGGCACGCAAACACCACAUUUCACCAAAGUAACCAACAGCCAAAAGUGCGUAAGAGUUGGUGGCAAACACAAUGAUAUAAAUAUAGUGGGAAAGGAUGGAUACCAUCAUACGUUUUUCGAAAUGUUGGGCAACUGGUCGUUUGGCGAGUAUUUUAAAGAGGAGGCCUGUAAAAUGGCAUGGGAAUUAUUAACACAAGUUUAUAAAAUUCAUCCUUCCAGAUUGUAUGUCACGUAUUUCGCGGGCGAUGAAUCAUUAGGACUAUCGAAGGAUGCGGAAACUUAUAAUAUCUGGAAAUCCCUUGGAAUAAAGAAUGAUAGAAUAUUGCCGUUUGGUGCUAAGGAUAAUUUCUGGGAAAUGGGAGUCACUGGGCCAUGUGGGCCGUGCACAGAAAUCCACUUCGAUCACACGGGAAGUGCGAAUCGAGCGGAAUUUGUAAAUAAAGACCUUCACGAUCUUACAGAAAUUUGGAAUUUAGUUUUCAUUCAGUACAAUAGACAGUCGGAUGGUUCUCUCUUGUCCCUGCCUAAGAAGCAUGUUGAUACAGGCAUGGGCUUGGAAAGACUGUGCUGCGCUUUACAAGGAAAAUCCAGCACUUAUGACACCGAUCUUUUUGAGUACUUGAUAAAUGCAAUUCAAAAGAAUUGCAGCAACGUGCAAAAGUAUUCGAGAAAAUUCGGAGAGCAGGACUGGAACCAUAUCGACACCUCCUACAGAAUAUUGUCUGACCAUUUACGAAUGCUUACCGUUUGUUUGGCUGAUGGAGUAAUUCCUGAGCAAAAUCAGAAACUGAGACGAGUCAUCAGGAAAUGUUUCGUUCUAAGCGAAACUGUAUUUGGGAAAGAUAAAGGCUUAGUGAGAGAGCUAUCAAAUUACGUGGUUGAAAACCUAGGAGAUGUAUAUACAGAACUAGAAAAAAACGUUAAACUGAUCCAUCAGAUACUGGACUACGAAGAGGAAAUAUACAAGUCAAUAAGAACAGCAGCCAGAAAGGAGUGGGAUAAGCUUGAUAUAGAUAAAAAUCUGGCCAACUUGGACAAGGUAGAUAUCACCCCGAGUUUCAUAAAAGCAUACAAAGAACUGUACGUCCAAAAGCCGACUGAAAUCGACGGAGUGUUGGCCCAUAGACUUUAUGAUACUCACGGGUUUGAUGUGGAGGCAAUCCAACAACUGGCGGAAGUUUUGAGUAUAAAAUUUCUGCCCAUUAGUUUUGAGAAGAAAAUGGAGGAGAUUAAGCAAAAAUCCAAAUCGAACAGGCAGCUUUCGAUUGACAAGUUACUCAGUGCUUUAACGGCGACUGAUCUGAAAAAGACUGACGAUUCCGGAAAGUAUAUUUAUAACAAAAAGGGCACUCAGUAUGAUUUCCCAGAAAUCCAAUCUACAAUUCUUCAAAUCGUAGACCACAAUAGUUUCAUAUCACAAGUCAAAGAUGGACAGUCAUGUGGUUUGAUUCUCGAUAAGACAAACUUCUACUGUGAAGCUGGCGGGCAGGAAUGUGAUAAAGGCCAGAUACAUUUUCAUGGAGCAAAAUUUCAAGUUGAGACUGUUUCCAAAUUAAACGACGUUAUUGUCCAUAGAGGAUAUUUGAAGGGCGAUGCCAUCAAAGUUGGAGCUCAGGGCAGAAUAUCGGUUGAUAGAGAAUAUCGAUUGAGGACGAUGCAAAAUCAUACAUGUGCCCAUCUCUUGAACGCAGCAAUCAAGCAAAUCAAGUCAGCUACGUGCCAAAAAUCAAGCAAAGUGACCAAUCAGUAUGUUAAUUUGGACGUGUCUGUCUUCGGGCCCAAAUUCAAUAUCAAAGAUGUCAUUCGAGCGGAAGAAAUCAUCAGCAAAGUGAUUCAAGAUCAGCUCAACGUUAGAAUCAGUACUACGGAUAGUCAAGGAUUGUAUAGUUAUGACCAAAUUACUUUGAUACCUGGGGAAGUUUAUCCAGAUAACGAUAUCAGAAUUGUGGAAAUUCAAAAUGAGUCUGACUUUAUUUCAAGGGAACCGUGUUGUGGAACUCACGUACUAAACACCGCAGACUUAGAAGAUUUUUGCAUAGUUAGCGUAAAAUCGCUGGGCAGGAGCUCAUCGUCCUUACAUGGGGUCACCGGUGAAAGAGCGAAAUUAGCCAGAAGAAAUGCCGCCGAUCUUGCUGAAGAUAUCGGUGUCUUCAAAAAAUCGCUAGCUGCGCAUCUAGAUACGCCCGAUAUGCUGGACAUGGGCGUAUUAUCGCUGAAACAACGGCUUAACUUUGAUGUAACGGAUGAUUUUAUAUUGCCAUAUGUUUAUAAGCAGGAAGCUUUGGAAGAACUCAAUGCAAUCAGCAGACAGAUUAAAGAGAAAAGCAAUGAAGAUUUAAGGAAUUUCGUGGACAUGGAAAUGCAUGACGCUUUAGAACGAAAAGUUGAAGUAACAGCAUCCGACCGAAAAUUUAUAGUGCACUAUUUGAGAAGCUCCAUGAUGUUCGAAUCGGUUCCACUACAAAGAGCUACGGCGAUGUGCUCGGAUAUGCCGGUUAUCGUUAUAGCGUAUUCCGAUAGCAUGGUUAAAGCGAGAUGUUGCGUUCCUCAGGCGUUGCAAACGCAAGACUUUGAUGCAGAAAAGUGGCUGAAGCAGUCCGUAGCUUCAGUUUUUGAGGGCCAAAUUUCGCCCCAAAAAUCGCAAAAUGGGAUUCUGAUUUGCAAUAUGAAAGCGAAAAAAAUUCACGUCCAAGACUGGCAUCACUUGCUGGCUGAAAGUGUUAAUAUUGCCAAAAAUUACAUCAAUAGCAAGUUGUAAAUGGAUCUGUGUUUAAAUAAAGGAAAUGAUCUAA